GUGAAAUUGAAUGAAGCAGAAGAAAAACACAAAGCAAUACAAGACAAGUUGUUAACGAUAAGCGAAGAAGCACAAGCCCUGCAUCCUCAGUGUAUUUCUUUGAAAGCUGAUGUGCAGGCAAGAAGGAAAGCAGUCAAUGAAGCUGAGGUGCUUUAUAAUCGUUUCAAAACUGAGUUAAAACGUCUGGGAAAAGAUGAUGAGCAGCUACGUAAACGAAUCGAAGAACUGAAAAGCAGUGCUAAUCAGGUUUCAGAGCCUGAAAAAUUGGAAAGACAAAAGAAAAUAGCACACUUAAGGGAACAGUUGAAGGCAUUCCAUGAUGAAGAAAUAAUGAUUGGUCAACAGGUGGAUCAAUUUCAGCAAGCUGUAUGUAAGUGUAAAGAAGAAUAUGCUAGACUAAGGAGAGAAGACUGUGAUGUGAAAAAAGCACUGGAUGCCAAGCAGAAACAUCUGAGAGAGCUGAAAGAUAGUAAAACAAAUACCUUGAAAAGGUUUGGGCCACAUAUACCAGCCUUUCUUGAAGCAGUUGAAAAAGCCUAUAGGCAAGGGCACUUUAAGCACAAACCCGUCGGACCUUUAGGUGCUUUCAUUCAUCCGAAAGAUCCUGAACUGACCUUAGCUAUCGAAUCUUGUUUGAAGAGUCUGGUUCAGGCAUUUUGCUGUGAUAAUCAUAAUGAUGAAAGAACUCUUCAGCAGCUAAUGUCAAAACAUUAUCCACGUGGAUUUAGACCUCAAAUAAUUGUCAAUAAAUUUCAGAAUAAAGUUUAUGAUGUUAGACACAGAGGAGUUCAUCAUCCAAAAUUCCCAUCGGUUCUUACAGCAUUGGAAAUAGAUCAUACAGUGGUUGCCAAUUGUUUGAUCGAUGUGAGGGGUAUAGAAACAGUCCUGCUGAUUAAAAGCAACAAGGAAGCUCGUGAAGUAAUGCAGUGUAACCGGCCCCCAGUGAAUUGCAGAGAAGCUUUCACUGCUGAAGGUGAUCAGGUAUUUGAAAGAAGGUAUUACUCUUCUGAUUACGUCAGACCCAAGUUCCUAAGCAAAGAUGUUGAAGCAGAAAUAAGUCACUUAGAGAAAGAAAUUGAAAGCAAAAAGGCGCAGUUAACAUCAUCUCAGCAACAUUUAUAUUCCAUUGAAAAAGAGAUUAGGUGUAAUGAAGAUCAUCUUCAUGGUCAUCGACGACACCAAAAAGAACUACAGAUAAAAAUGAGAACAACAAAUGCAGAAAUAGCAGAUCUUGAAAAUGUGGAAGAACACCAGUCAGUGGACAUCCGUACAUUAGAAGAUGAAGCAGAGGAAAAUAAGGGUAAGAUGGAAUCUGUGAAAGAAGACCUGCAGCAGCAAAGCAGAAAAAUGGAAGAAAUGAAAGAGAUUCUUCAGGUAGCGGAAAAACAUUUUGGAGACAUGAAAGAAAAAAUCCAUCAAGUAGAGGAAAUGGCUGGUCCAGUUAAGGAUGAAUUAAACCAAAUUGACUCAGAAGUGGAGAACUAUAAACGCCGUUUGCAGCACCAUCAGGACAAACAAAAAGAACACUUGCCUUGCAUAAAAAAUCUUAGAGAAUUACUGGCUUCCAAAGAAAAAGAAUUAGAGGAAAAAAUAGCACAAGCUAGGCAAAUCUACUCUGAGCACAUAGAGGUCAGCAGAACUGUUAAGAGUCUUGAUGCAGAAAUGAAUCGCUUGAGAGAGAGGAUAAAUUCAGAAAGUAAUCGCCAUGGAAACAGAGAAGAAAUAAUACAGUAA